CUCUUGCAACGAUGAAGAUUUGGAAUUCUUUCUUCCUCAUCGCCUGAUUCUGAUUCUUUUGCCAUGCCUUGAUAUCAUACAUACUAACAGCCAUUUUCACUAAGACAGUAGGUUUCCUCCGGAGCUCCGUGAACACAUCUCAAGUCUCUCAUGCCCAAAAACACACAACACUGAAUAAAAUGAAUCAACACAGUUCCAUUGAGGAUACCGUCCGAUGUUUAUUAAACGAAGAAAGAUCUGCACAAGCCUUGAAUCCAUCAAAUAGUUGCUCAGUUCUGACAGAAGCAAGCCUCCAUCUGCGUGAUUUCUUGAGUUUAAUUCCCUCAUCCUCAAAUUAAUGCAUCCAUUAAGACAGUUUCCUAUAUUUGCAGUCGGUUCCCAAGAAGCCAGGGAUGAAGACCCAGGAGGGCCCUCCCAUCAAAUCCAAAGCUCCUUCCAAGAAGAUUCUCCCCCAGUGAGAUUCUUCAGUCGCACGACUCAGUAGCAGAGGAAAGAAAGAAGCGGAAAAGGAAGCACGUCUUCUUCCAUCAAAGCAAAAGCAAAACCCAGAUGAUGGAUACACCAGAAGUUGCUUUUCCGUGACAUGCACACACAGAUACAUAAAUGUAUGUAUCUUAAGAAAGCAGAAUGUCCCCAACUCCAUGUCACAAGGAACUGUACAAGAUGAAGGUCUUUAUUAGAAAGAGGAAAUCCUAUUCAGAGGGCACCAAAGAAAGACCGUCGUCACCGUUCAUCCUCUAGCUGUUGUAGUACAGAGGUAUCCCCAAGCAUGAUCUCUUGGCCAGAAUGCUUUCCAGACUGAUGGUGUUAUGCCGCAAAUGAAAUAGCUCGAUGUGGCAGUGGCAGCUUUGUGAGGCAGCAGAAAGACACAAAAGCCCUUCUUCUAGCCCACUUGCCCCCGCCGUCAGGGCCCGCUCUUCCUUGGAGAAACCAACUCCCCUUUUUAGGCCGCCUCCUGGUCUCUGAGUCCAUGGUUGGGCUGUAGAGAGGGUUGCAACUGUGAAGAUGGACUCGAGCUCUCUCAAGGCCUCUGCGACCUCGAGUAGCUCCAGUGAUCCUCCCCAUGGGCUCAAGUUUGGGCGAAAGAUCUACUUUGAUGGUGGCAGCGGCGGGAGUGGGAGCUCCUCCGAGACACCGUCGGCUCCGUUGACGGAGGCGGCCACGCCACCGCCUCCGACGAAGAAGGGGAAGGGGGUGGCGCAGGGAGGUCAGCACCAACCACCUAGGUGCCAGGUGGAGGGGUGUAAUGUCGAUCUGACGGGGGCUAAGGCAUACUACUGUAGGCACAAAGUUUGUGGGAUGCACUCCAAGGCACCUAAGGUUAUGGUUGCAGGCUUGGAGCAGAGGUUCUGUCAGCAGUGUAGCAGGUUUCAUCAAUUACCUGAAUUUGACCAAGGAAAGCGCAGUUGUCGCAGACGUUUGGCAGGACAUAAUGAACGCAGAAGGAAGCCACCUCCUGGGCCGUAUGGCCGCUUUGCAUCAUCCUUCCAUGAACAACCUAGUGGAUUCAGAAGCUUUCUGAUGGACUUCAGUUACCCAAAUCUCUCUAGUAGUCGAAGAAAUCCAACUGCAACUGCUGGUGACGGGGUGGCCACUAAUGAGUGGCACAGGGACUUGGAUGCUUCACCUGGUGCCGUGGCACUGCAUGGUACCCAUAGGUGCUCUCAAGGACCUGCAGCAGGAACCUUAUGCUCUACCAUGGAAAUUCCAAAAGGUGAAUGUCUUGCAGGCGUCUCUGACUCAAGCUGUGCUCUCUCUCUUCUGUCAACACAUCCAUGGAGUAGCAGCUCUGCCAGGAAUGGUGCUCCGGUAAUCCCAGCAACCAGCAUCUUCGACAGCCCCGGAACGGUCGAUUCAGUCAUCCCUAGCAAUUACGUUACCAGCUUAUGGGGGGUCAGAGAUCGUGGAGGCAGGACUAGCUCACACAAGGUCCUGCGUGAAAUGGGAUCAGUGGAAGCAACCGCGACAGUUGAUGCUCAUUUUUCAGGUCAGGCAGAGUUUGCUCUGCAGGAAAAUGGACAGUGUCUCGACCACAGUUUGGGUAGCGCAUAUGGCCAUUCAGGUCUUCGCAUGCAUUGGUAGCUGUAGACUCUAUAAUCAAUUCAUGUCAAAGGAACCUAAUCAUGAGGAUUGGAUGGAGCAUCACGAACCAAAGCUUUCAUAAUGCCUAGUUCUAGUUCUAAAGAUCUUAUGCCUCUCAACUAUUAUAUGAAUGCUUAUGUUACUAAAAAGCAGCAUUAGUAUGGUGUGAUGUGUGUUUGCUAA